AUGGCUACCCUCAAGGGUAUAGACAACAUCAACACGAAUGCGCUGAGAGACAUGAAGCACCUCAAGGUCGUGGGUGCACAGCAGAGCUCCUUCACCUUCUUCGACAAGAGCAGCAAGAAACCCCACACUCAGUCCAACGCACUCCUCAAGGUCGGGAUAGGUGGGUCUAUCCCGAGGCGGGCGCACAUCCCUGUAUCCACCGAGCCCACGCAGGAGGCCGUCGGCAAGUUCAUCAGCAACAAGGUAACAGGGCAGUACAUCAAGACAUGCAAGGACAUCGGGGUGGAUUACGAGCACAUAGCCUCCAUAACCGCCUUCAUCAUCCGACGCGGCAACAUGAAGGGCAUCACCCACAGCGAGGUGUUCGAGCGCAUCUUCAAGUCCAAGCGCAUCGACGUCCCCUUUGUGGACUGGGGCUGGGCCAAGGAGAACAUCGUCGAGUGCAACCAGAACAGCCUGGGGGACACCAGCUGCUGGCUGACGUUCCUGCACAACAUCCACUUCACAGAGGACGUGCAGACGGAGGUAGAGGCGCUGGCCUACUUCAACACCUUCCGCUCCCUGCUGCGGGGGGUGGGAUUCGUAGGGGCGGACGAGAUAUGGGUCACGGACGUCAUCAAGGUGUACCUCCUCCUGAACAUCGUGGGGCUCACCGGAUACCAUGCCAUGGAGCGGUACCUCGACGACAUCAUAGGGGGGAACAUCCGGACGCGGUGCCUGCAGUUCACGGCCAAGCUCGGGGACCAGCGCUUCACCACGGAGGAGUACAACGAGGCCGCCGUGACGAUACUCGGCUGCAUCACGGUGGCGCCUACCUUCCAGAGCGACAUCCAGGUUUACAUGUUUACCAAGCAGGAGAUAGACAGGCACAUGAAGCAGAAGGAAAUCGAGGUCUACCAGGGGAGGCCCAGGCUCACCUCCUUCCUCAAGGACAUCAAGGCGGAGAGCAAGGUAGGGAUCUCCGCGCAGAACAUGCACACCUUCGACGUAUGGAUGAACUUUGUGAAAUUCCCCAAUACCAUCAGCAAGAAGACGAGGCACUCCGUGUAUCUCCUCAUGUCGAUGCCGACGGUCAACCACCACGAAUGGAUCAGCCGCUGCCUGACCAAGGACCUCGCAACCACGAUCGUGAACAACCCGGUGGUGAAUCCAGAGUACAGCGUCAUAUGCAACAUCAUAAGCAACAUCGACUUCAGGUCCCACGCAUUCCUAGAGCUCGCCAAGUUCAAGGACGAGUGCCUCGACGGCCUCUCGCAGAAGAACAUGAAGGAGAUGACCCUCUCCCGCCUCCUGCAGCUGUACGUCAGCGCCUACCAGGUCAAGCACAUCUGGAAGGACUGCUGGAGGCACAUCCUCCCGGUGCUCAGCUUCCCAGUGAUCCAGUCCGUGGAGACCUUCGUAAGCCAGAACCCCAUCAACGAGGCAGAGCUCUUCAAGGCCCUCAUGUUCAAUCAGUAA